AUGGAGAAUGUGGAGGAACGAUGUCAGGGCAUGAGGGAGAACAUGAGCAUUGUCUUCAAGUAUCUGUGGGGCUGUGCCAUAGGACGAAGCUUAUUCUUCUUGGCUCCAGAAGCACAAGGCAGCAGUCUUCCUUCCCACUGCCCCCACCAUGGCAAGAGCCUCUCAGCUCAUGCAGUAAAGAUCAAGUCCAAAGCAGCCUCCCUGAUGCCCCCUUUGGCAAAUGACUUUCUCCCCUCUAACCUCAGAGAACUGGAGGGUGCAGCUCCUCCCUCAUUCACUUGGUAUGUCGUGCAGGACAUAGACUGCCCCUUCCUUGAGGGUUUUUAUAUUACCGGACCAAAGACAAUAAAAGAGUUCCUGUGUACUCCCUCAAUUUACCGUUUGGGUAUUCUGGAAUGGUUGUUCAUAAGACUGUAUCCUCCUUUUGGGGAUUCCAUUGCAACUGUGCCGGACCCUGAGGCUAAAGAGAAAAUACGAGAACUGACCAAACUUGGCAAUGAACUGAUGCUGUGUGGGCCAAAUGACCAGGAUCUCAUUAAGGGCUGUACUGAGGUGGAGGAUCAACUUUGUUUCUUUAAUAAGUUAAUUGAUCUGGUCACCAAUCUGGGCCCUGAAUAUGCCAGCAGUUUCUCCAGUGUGGAGGAGAACUUCCAGAGCUUACUGAAGGACAACAAAAUGCUCCUUAAGAAGGUAUUUGAUCCAAGUUUCCGCAAGGAGGUCCUAGAUCCUAAGUUGAACCCCUUGCCGGCGGACACGGACGCGUCCCGUCGUCGCACAAAGGAGGACCUUCACAGAACGGCAAUGGAGUCCAAGAAGUCCAAAGUGGAAGAGCUUUCUGACAAACUGACCAAGCUGACUGAAAUGCUGCAGACACACAAGGAAGAGGUCUUCAGUCAGAAGGAUGGUGUCAACAGACUGUUUUGGCCAAAUCCUGUUAGACCCAUUGUGCAGAGUUCUUCUCACCAUGGGAAAAUGUCCCGCCAAGGCAAUGGCCCCUUGGGCUUGAUUCUUUCGGAUUUCCAUCAGCUGGUCACUGCAUUUAUACAUGUUUUUGAGAAUGAGCUUCAGGACCACUGCCAUCGCCCAGCACCCCACAUCAGUCCAUGCGGUCUGCUCUUUCAAUCAGUAUACGAAACUCUGACCCUCUUCUUCCAGGAGCUGAAAGCUGUCAAUGAAGUCACGAAUACUUCUCAGGAAGUGGAGACUAAAGCAGAGAAACCACGUCGGGAGAAAGCCUAUUUGGGUGGAGACACCUGCAUGGUGACCUUGGUGGAAAAAAUGAAGGAGUUAAAACGGAUUUAUGAAAUUUUCCAAGACAAUCCUCACACAGCUGGCAGUAUGGACGGAAGUUAAAUGUCCAUUCCACAGUUCCCCAGCUACUUGGGACUUGGCUGUGUCAUGUUGGGGAAGAAGACUUUCUAAAACAAAAACAAAAAAAAAUGAAGAAAAAUAAAGUGAAAAAGUAAUUUGCUUCAA